AUGUCCGACGGACAGUCUCGGCGUUCGGGCGCCUCGAGCACACGACGUCAGCAGGACGCCGAACUCGCUGCAGCGCAAGAGCGCAGGCGAGCAGCGGCACAGACCGCAGCAGCAGCAGCAAGGGCAGCAAGGCUGGCAGCAGCGGAGUUGGCGGCGAUCAGGGCGGAGGCAGAAGCAGAGGAGGCGGAAGAUGCAGCACGUGCGGCGGAGGCUGAGGUUGAGACCUUGCGUAGCAGCAUCAACGGCUCCAUCGUCGGCGACAUCACCGCCGACAGGGACCUUGAGGAGCUGGCGAGAGGAAGGGUGCGGGAGCGGACAAUACGGUGGGCAGCAGCCCACCCCCAUGGCGGCGGCGGUCCAGGGGACCACGCAUCCGCCGACGGCGCCCCAAGCGAGGGCGCGUGCGGCAACGGUAGCCCAGAUGGGCGCAGGCGUGCCGGCGGCAACCCAGAGAACACACGCCGCGGCGGCUACCCUCCCGGUUAUGGCGGCCGGAUCUACGGAGAGCGCGGCCCUCACAGGCAGCGCGACUCUCCCUCCCCUGACCGGCGCCAUGGCUACCACGGCAUCCAAGCGGUGGUCAGGGACUUUGGUCCCGGUGGUGGGUGGCCUACCCUCACCAAGACCAACUACAUCGAGUGGGCCGCGGUGAUGAGGGUGAGGCUCCAGCAAAAGCGGACUGCCAAGGAGGCCUGGGAUGCCAUCGCUGCGGCACGCAUCGGCAGCGAUCGCGCCCGCAAGAGCACGCUGCAAGCACUCCGCAAGGAGUGGGAGAACCUGGCCUUCAAGCCAGGUGAGGACAUCGAUGAUUUUGCCCUCCGUCUCAACACUCUGUUGCAGAAGAUGGUGCAGUACGGCGACGACACCUACAACGAGGAGAGAGCUGUCGAGAAGCUCUUCCGCUGCAUCCCAGAGAAGUAUAAGCAGAUUGCCCACUCCAUCGAGUCUCUCCUGGACCUCUCCACGAUGACGAUCGGGGAGGCGAUUGGUCGCCUCAAGGUCGUCGACGGCGAUGAGCCACAGCCCCUCUCCGGGCCCAUCACCAUUGGCGGGAAGCUCCAUCUCACUCGGGAGCAGUGGGAGGCCUGCCAGGGUGAUGGGAAAAAGGGGGAGUCCUCCUCGGUAGGCGGCCGCAAGCGCGGCAACCUGCACAAGGGGCGCGGAGGCGUCCGGGUCAGGUUGCGAGGACGCAUCCGUGGUGGAGCCCGCGGAGGCGUCCAGGGCGGCACCACCGGCAACCGCAGGCCGACGCGAGACGACGCCUGCCGCAACUGUGGCAAGUCUGGCCACUGGGCCAAGGACUGCCGACAACCACGACAAGGCCAAGCCAACGCCGCACAAGUGGAGGAAGAACCAGCCCUGCUCCUGGCACACGCAAGCAUCGAGCUAUCUCCAGCGGCACCGGCCGCAUCGGCUUUCCUCCACCUAGAAGAGCCGAAGGCACGAGCCCUUCUUGGCGACGACUCCAACGACAAGACUGAUGGAUGGGUCCUCGACACCGGGGCCACCCAUCACAUGACCGGUCGACGGGAGUUCUUCACCGAGCUUGAUCCCAGCGUCCGAGGCUUCGUCAAGUUUGGGGAUGCCUCUGGCGUGGAUAUCAAGGGCACCGGCUCCGUCAUCUUCACCACCAAGUCCGGCGAGCACAGGCUGCUCACCGGAGUCUACUACAUCCCCGCGCUGAGGAACUCCAUCAUCAGUAUUGGACAGCUGGAAGAAGAGAAAGGUUCAUGCGUGGUGAUCAAGAACGGAGUCAUGAGGAUUUGGGAUCGGCGCAAGAUCGGGGAGCGCCGUGGUCGCCUCCUUGUCAAGGUAACCAGAGGCAACAACCGACUCUACAUCCUCAACGAGCAGGUAGCACAACCCGUGUGCCUCAUCGCCCGCCGGGACGACGAGGCGUGGCAGUGGCACGAGCGCUUCGGCCAUCUCCACUUCGAGGCCCUGAAGCGGCUCAGUACCAAGGAGAUGGUGCGAGGCAUGCCAUGCCUUGACCACGUGGAGCAGUUCUGCGACGUCUGUGUGUUGACGAAGCAGAGGCGGCUCCCCUUUCCCCAUCAGACGAGCUUCCGAGCCAAGGAGCGGCUCGAGCUCGUGCACGGGGAUUUGUGUGGCCCGGUGACUCCGGCCACACCAGGAGGACGACGCUUCUUCUUGCUGCUCGUCGACGACCUCUCUCGCUACAUGUGGGUGACGGUCCUCGGUAGCAAGGGAGAGGCUGCGGACGCCAUUAGGCGCACGCAGGCUGCUGCGGAGGCGGAGUGCGGCCGCAAGUUGCGCAUCCUGCGCACCGACAACGGCGGCGAAUUCACGGCGGCUGAAUUCGCGUCGUACUGUGCCGAUGAAGGUAUUCACCGCCACUACUCCGCGCCGUACAGCCCACAGCAGAACGGCGUCGUUGAGCGGCGCAACCAGACGGUUGUGGGGAUGGCUCGAGCCCUCCUCAAGUAG